UGUUUUUCUACUGACGGCGCCCAUUUUGUUUCUUGAAACCGUUGCGCUGCUACUCUCGUUUGUGGAAGUCAUUUUUUAAUUUUGUGAAGGAAAAACUUUGGAUUUUAUAAGACAGGAUGAGUGGUUUUUGGCAUGAAAGCGACAUCUCGUUGUCGGAUGAUUCUGACGGAGGGUGUACCCCGGAAAAAAUGCCAGUACCAGCUGGAAAAAAAUCUGCGUAUUACAAGAAAAAUACCAGCGUAACUAGCGUAGAGCAAAAGAGAGAGGACAAUACGAGAUCUGAUUGGCUUUCUGGACCGUGGCCGCUAAAGCCUUUUAAUGAAUCCCUUCCGCCAAAUCAAAGAAAAGCAGAAUGGUUCCGCUUCAAGGGACAGUUCGAAAGAAUUGUAUCGUGUAAAGGCACUGUUGAUUCCUCUACCAAACUGACUGGGCUCAAGAUUUUUGCAGGUGAUUAUCUGCUAAGCAUUAUAGAGCUGCAGGAAAAGAUGUUUACAGGUGAUCAAAACGAAGUGUAUGACUAUACAAUUAAUGCACUUAAUAAAUAUUUUGGCCAAACUUGCGACACAGCAAAAGAAAGAAUCAAAUUUCGUGAGAUGGAAAUGGAACCGACCGAGUCUUUCAUGGACUGGGUUUUACGCCUUGAGUCGCAGGCAAAGUUCUGUGAUUUUGUCGAGGAUCAAAGGAAGGAAGAGUUUGUCCAAGCGUUGAUCCGACGGUCCGUUCCAGACAUAGCUCAAAAGCUCUUUGAGAUGUCUAACAUUUGGGAAAAUGAUCUCGAACUAAUUAUGAAUCACGGAAAGCAUUUAGAUUACAUUCGGAACGAAACUAGGCGCUCUGGGGAAGCCGGUGGAAAAAGAGGUUUAUCGAUUGAAACCCCGGAAAGCACUUAUGAAGAUUCGCGUUAUAAACCAGUUAACACAGUAUCGUUUCGUAAGCGUAAACUCAAUACAAACCGUUUUGGAUCUUUUCGGAAGCAUGAUUCAGAUCGUUUUCCACCUCAGCAUGGUAACAAUUUUGUUCAGGGCCCAUCUCGACGUCGUCCGUGGAUAUCUGACUGUACCAGGUGUGGCGAGAACCACGUUCCAAUGGAAUGCAAAGCUUAUAGGGCUCAGUGCUAUAGAUGCGGAAAAUGGAAUCAUUUCAAAAAAGUGUGCUACUCUCCAAUUGAUGAUAAUGAGCACCGGAAACAUUCUGACUGGAGUCGUUCGGGCAGGAAACAUGUUGAUCGACAGCAGCAAUGGAAGAAGGAGGCCGAGAACAUAAAUCAGUUGAUUACUGGAAAAACUCAUCAGCAGAGAAACACUGAUUCGAGAUUUAUCAAAUGUUUCAUUGGAUCGGAGAACAUUACAUUUCUAAUAGAUUCUGGCGCAACCGUAAACACAAUAACAAGCGAAAUUUGGAAUUCAAUUAAAAAGAAUUGUCGUACUGUUGUACAGGACUUGACUGUACAUCCUACGGAGGUGUUGCAGGGUUAUGCAUCCCAAUCGCCUUUAGAAAUUGAAUGCGCUUUUACUGCAUAUAUUGGUGUUGCUGGAAGCAACAAUCCUUUGGAAAUAGCUAAAUUCUUUGUGGUCAAGGGUACCAAGUUGUCGCUGCUAGGUUUUGAAACUUCAGAAAAAUUGCGUCUUAUUAGGAUUGGGCCAUUUGAAAAUGUUAAUAGUCUUACUACAUCACAGUCCGAACAAAUGAAAUGUAUGAAUACGAAAAGUAUGAGCAUAUUUCCGAAAAUACCCAUUAAAGGUGUUAAGUUCAGAGUGAACGAACAUGUUAUACCUAAACAAAUUAUCAGAUACAAUAUACCUAAAGCGUUUGAGGCAGCUUUGAAUGAAAGGUUAAGAACGAUGGAAACGCAAGGUAUCAUAGAAAGAGCUGACAAAGAGCAGGACUCAAUAACGUUCGUAUCCCCAUUAGUGUUGGUACCAAAAGGAAGUAACGAUUUCCGUAUUGUUAUUGACUACCGAGAAGUGAACAAAGCUAUAAUUCGAGAACCUUAUCCAAUGCCCAGUCUUGAAAAAAUUUGGACCGAGAUCCCUAACGGUGGCGGCAAACUUUUCUUUAGCAAACUUGAUCUUAAAGAUGCGUAUUUUCACAUUGGGCUUCAUGACGAUGUACGCCAUCUUACGACGUUUAUGUCCGCUAAUGGUUUGAUGCGUUUCACAAGAUUGCCAUUUGGAUUGUCAUGUGCUCCAGAGCUUUUUCAAAGCACCAUGGAAAAACUAUUGGUCAAGUGCAAGAAUGUUAUUAUCUAUUUAGAUGAUAUUCUUGUGUUCGCAAAAACCCUGGAGGGACUGAAGAAUAAUGUGAAGCUAGUUAAGGACACCCUACAUCACAACAAUCUUACCAUAAACGAGAAAAAAUGUUUAUAUGACCAAACGACAAUUGAUUUUCUUGGAUUUACUAUUGAUGGUUCUGGAAUUCUGCCAACGUGUGAGAAGCUAGCUACGUAG